CCUCCCCACGCUGAGACCUGGGCUGUUCCCCUCCGCAUCCAGGCUCAUAAGGAACCCAGGCUCAUAAGGAGCCCAGGCCAGCACUGCAGCUCCUGUGGAGGACGUGCCACGGCAUAGCAUGACCACUCUUCACACUGCAUGCCAUGCCCUUCCCCAACAGCUCUGACCUCAGCCCGUCCUUCAUCUUGGCCAGUAUCCCAGGGCUGGAGGCUGCCCAUUUCUGGAUGGCGAUCCCUUUGUGCUCCAUGUACAUCAUGGCUGUAGCAGGCAACUGCGCGGUGCUGUUCAUCGUCAAGACGGAGCCCAGCCUGCACGUUCCCAUGUAUUUCUUCCUCUGCAUGCUGGCUGCCAUCGACCUGGCCUUGUCCACCUCCACAGUGCCACGUGUCCUCUCCUUCUACUGGUUCAACACCAGGGAGAUCAGCUUCAGCGCCUGCCUUGUCCAGAUGUUCUUUAUACACACGCUCUCAGCCAUCGAGUCCACCAUCCUCCUGGCCAUGGCUGUGGACCGCUAUGUGGCCAUCUGCCACCCACUGAGACAUGCUGCCAUCCUCACCAAUACCACAACAGCAAAAAUAGGGCUGGCAGCCAUGGUCAGGGGAGUUCUCUUCUUCCUGCCCUUGCCUUUGCUCCUCCUGCCCCUUCCUUUCUGCAGCUCACGGGUGCUGUCACACUCCUUCUGCCUGCACCAGGAUGUGAUGAACCUGGCCUGCGCCAACACCACCCCUAGUGUGGUGUAUGGCCUCACCGCCAUCCUGCUGGUCAUGGGGCUGGACGCCCUCCUCAUCUGCAUCUCCUACCUCCUGAUCCUCAAGUCUGUCUUGCGGCUGGCAUCAUGGAAGGAGAGGCUCAAGGUGUUCAGCACAUGCAUUGCCCACAUCUGUGUGGUCUUGGCCUUCUAUGUGCCACUGAUCGGGCUGUCCGUGGUGCACCGCUUUGGGAAGGACCUGGCCCCACUGGUCCAUAUCAUCAUGGGGAAUAUCUACAUCCUUGUGCCAGCUGUGCUCAAUCCCAUCAUCUAUGGGGUGAGGACUAAACAGAUACAGAGGAGGAUCCUGAAUUUCAUUCACAUACACAACAACAGAACUGCCCAGUGACUUUGUUUGGAUGUUGUGUCCUGUUUCCUCUUAAUGUCUCUACUUGUUUUACACUCAGAGUGCUUGGAGCUGGGGCUGUCCUCUGUGCAGCACUUAGCACACGAUAAGAAACUCUAAGGUGCUAUCACAGGGUAAAAAGGAAAUGUAAACUGCAAUGUAAGCUGUAAACUCCUUUCAAGAGUGCUUAUUCCACCAGACUUGGAGUGAAUCUACUAUGAUGAUACAAGUCCAACCCUGAUUCAGCAGAUAUGGGAAGGAAAAAUGUCUUGGCAAACUAACAACGUCUUGACGCUGCACGUCUUCGUUCCCAUCUCCUCUCUAGCAUUUGCACAGCUGAGUGAAUGCCACAGUGGUUUCUGAAUUAUUUAGAUAAUUUGUGGUUUGUGUCUGUGAUGUGCUCACUGUCAAGAAACAUUUUAGCAAAGUUUUUGGCUAAAAUUUAUUUCUCAGUAAAAUAAUUACAGGUGACAGUAAAGGUGCAGAAAUGCACUUUAAAAGCGCCCCACCUCUGUAGUCUCGUUCUGAUCUAUUGGUGUCCAGUUAACACAACUCCAACCCUUCACAGCUCAUGGCUGUGAAAAUAAUUUUCAUUAAUAAUUAUAUUCUAGAAAAGUGGUCUCUCAAUAGAAAAAUUAUGAAGUUGUAAAUGUGGGGGAUAUUCCCCAGAUGAAGGAAUCACUAUUUUCAAGUGAAAGGUGUUUUAUACCUUUGACUUCACAUGUGUCUGGAUUUCCAAAGGAGCUCAAGACUUCCACCUUUCAGAUUGUUCUUAUAAUUCCAAGAUAUUCUGCAUUAAAUCAGAAUACCUCAUAGCCUUUCCUUUCACACUCUUCUAUCAGUGAAAAGCUAUAAAACCCUUUUAAUGUGAUGGAAGCUUUCGAAGCCAAUGAAGAUGUGAAAGAUGACACAGAUGAUUUUGUGGUUUGAAGUGCAUGUGUUCUGAUUGGCUUUCACCAGUCCACAGGUACAUGCUUAGAAAUGUAGCUUACCAACAAUGUUUUUCUGGGGAACAGAAAAGAAAAAACAAAACAAAAAAAACAAACCAAAAAAAAACCCGACAUUUUUCUUGACACUGUUUCAUAAUUUGGAAAAAGACUGAAGAUCUCGAGAAGGGAUGUUGUAUAAUCAGCCUUCACAAUGAAGCAUACUGAUUUAAAGAUGUGCUCAUUACCUUUUCUUUCCCUAAUCCAUUGGAAAUCCUUAUAAAAAUGGUUUCUUCUUCAUAACUUGAAAAAGAUCAAAGCAAUCCCUUCUUUUCCCUCUUGGUUUAAACUCUUACCUUGUUGCUUGUUGGCUAUUUUAAACUGUGAUCUUCAUCCCCGAGGUAGCUGUGGAGUCUCCCUCCUUGGAGACCUUCAGAAGCCAUCUGAGCUGCAUUGCUGUGGGCAGGAAUGUGUUUGCUGUUCCAACAGAUCGACUCUGGAGCAUCCCCUGGAAUUCCUAUGGUGAGAGGGCUGGGUGAUCUCUAGCUGGCUGUCCCUACACAGGUGAGUAACAGAGAGGAAGUCAUUUGGGUGCAAAACCCUUCAUGUCAGGACAUCUCACAGAUAACCAGAGGUGCCAGGUACUUUCAUGUUCUGCACUCCAUUAGGAGGUCCAGGAGCUCUUGAACACUGUUACCAGCAGAAUAUUAUCAAAGAAUCUAUGGGGUAAUUCGGGUUGGAAGGGAGCUCCAAACAUCUCCACUCCAAACUCCCGACCAGGGCAGGGGCAGCCUCAGGGUCGGACAAGGUAGCGGAGCUGUUCAUCCACUCAGGUGCUGAAAGCCUCCAAGGAACGACGUAGGACAACAUCUUUGGGCCUUUACUCCAGUGCUUGACUGUCCUUACUGUGAUUUUUUUUUUUUUUUCUCUUUUUAUCUGUCUUGAGCCUCUCCUUUCAACUCACACUUGUGUCUCUGUGAGAGCCUGGCCUUCAUUUUCCCAUUGAUGUCCUUGUGGGUAGAGAAAGGCUCCUUUUCUGCUCUUGGGAAGAGCCAAAGCCGCUCUUCUGAAGCUGAAGGAGCCUAUUUUCUUCCUCAAGUAGCACUGAUCCAGCCCCAACCACCCUGCUAGCUAUCAGAUGAAUAUGCUGCCCCCUUUUGAUGCCUCUUUUGUGCUGGAUCCCAGAACUAGAUUUGUUAUCUAGAUGUGGUUUAGGAAGUGCUGGGUAAUCCCUCGAGGACAUGGACUAUCACUGUCUGGAAAGGUCAGCCCAGAGCCCAAAACAAUGAACACUAGAAGGAACUACUAGAGAAGGAGAAAAGAUUGAACUAAAAAUGCUGAGGGGUGUAAAUCUGCACUGGCUCACAACAUACAUGCUUUACCAUUUAGUGUUAAAUAGAUCAGAAUACUUGCUAAGUCCACAGAACUAGGCUUAGCUAUUAAAAAAAUGAGCAUUUUUCAGAACAGCAUAAGGAAAAUGUACUAUUUCCAUCAGAGAGAAUGGAAGCAAAGAAAAGUAAACACACACCCCAGAAGUGCAGAGGUUCAAGAGCUCUCCUCCCUCACUGCUGCCAGGAGUGGGCACGCAGAAGCAGCCGUGGUUCUUAUCCAGAGCAGACGACUAGGGAGCCCUGCUCUUCCUUGAAACUUUCAUCAUCAGGUUGCCUGGGAAGUGUGACAUUGGUUUAUCACUGUGGCACCUUGUCCAUCCACCACCACCACCUGUUCCUGUGAUGCAUGUUAUGUUUAUGGGAUUGUAUCUGUGGGGUAUUAAAUUCCAGAGAGAACUUUAUGGCUGUCUGUCCUCCUGUCCGGCACAGAUCUUGUGUUGCACCAAGGAUGUCCUGCAUCCUGUCCGUAAUACCUAGUUGAGCUGAAAGAGGAUGCCCACCCAGAACACAUGCUGCUUUGCUCCAGGGCCUUCAGGUGACAGAUAAUACACAGGAGUCUGGUGAGGUUUCUUCUGAUUGCCAGCUAACGCUGGAGUAAAAGGAGUGUCCCUUUUGUAGUCUGUAUUUCUGUAGCUUUUGGACUCUACGAAGCACAUUUUGCUGUAUUUCUCCUUAACUGAAGCACAUCUUAUUUCAAAAUAAAUACUUCCACUUAAGCAAGUUACAAGUAGUUUCUAUAUGGGACUUAAAAGCAAUUUCAUCCCUUGUCACUUUUACCAGAAUCUGAUUUAUUAGAGCUUGACAGGCAAUGCAUUUUCAUAAAAAUGGAAACAACCCAUACCUGCCAAAUGUGAUUUGAGAAGUGUGAAUAAAUUUCUCAGAGGCGCUCUAUGGAUCCAAACACUUAUCAGAUGGCUGUGAUGUUGAGAAAUGGCUCCAGCUCAUUCUCCAUAUGUUCCUUAUUUUGUUUCCCUUUUUAUUGAGAGAAAAAUUAAUAAAGGAAAAUGGAUGA